CAGAGAACGGUGCGCUCUAUCGAGCUCUGGUGGAGAUGGGAGCACCUCUUUCCCAAAUAGCUCACAGAGAAGGUUGGAAAAAAAGAACCUGGAGACCAGAUUCUGGGUCACAGGACGUGACAUCACUUCCUGUUGGUGAGUUGAGCUGUUGCUGAAGGAGUCGGUUUCAUUGGCCUCUGAUCACCUUCCUGAAGGAGUGAAGAGGAAACGCCGCCCCCCUCCGGUCCACCUUAAGCCUCUUAAGGCGGUAAGCCUCCCGCAGCCUGCUGUUGUUGAUUGUUUCUCCCUCAUGGAAGAGGCCGGCUGCCCCGCGCCUCGUUGCCAGGACGACCCCACCACCUCGGAGGCCAUGGACGAGCUUCUGCUGCCCGGCGGCGGCGGGGAGGAGGCCCGGUCCGACCCGGCGGGCCAGGUCAGGGCCUGGCUGAGGGCCCUCGUGGGCGGGGACUUCUGGAGGAACCUGAGGGGCUUCUGCCGGAGGAACGGGCUGCUGACGCUGUCGGUCAUCGCCGUGGUUACCGGCUGCACGCUGGGCUUCAUGCUGAGAGGAACCGAGCUGUCCACACAGGCCAAGAUCUACUUCUCCUUCCCUGGAGAGCUGCUGAUGAGGAUGCUGAAGAUGCUCAUCCUUCCUCUCAUCACGUCCAGCUUGAUGUCCGGCCUGUCGUCCAUGGAGUCCAAAGCGUGCUGCAGGAUGGGCGUCCUCACCGUCACCUACUACCUGUGGACCACCUUCAUCGCCGUGGUGGUCGGCAUCGUCCUCGUUCUCAUCAUCAAGCCCGGCACGGGGACGGAGAUGGAGAGCAACCGUCUGGGCGGCGGGCCGGUCAUGACCUCGGCCGACGCCCUGCUCGACCUGAUCAGAAACAUGGUUCCCUCCAACUUGAUCGAAGCCACGUUCCAGCAGUACAAAACGGACCUGAUCCCCAUCCUCAGAGUCUCAACCAAAACCAUCCAGCCUAACUUUGUCUACGUUGUCCCCGACGACAACGACCCUAAAGGACGGACCGUCUACCUGGAGCUGACUCCGCCCCCAGACGUCAUCUACAAGACGAGUCCCGGCAGCAGCCAGCAGAUGAAUGUCCUCGGCAUCGUUAUCUUCUCCGCCACCAUGGGUCUGCUGCUGGGCAGGAUGGGAGAACGUGGCGCUCCGCUGGUCAACGUCUGUCAGUGCAUCAACGAGUGUGUGAUGAAGAUCAUCAACGCUGCUGUGUGGUACUUCCCGUUUGGGAUCAUCUUCUUGGUGGCGGGGAAGAUCCUGGACAUGCAGGACCCGAGCACGCUGGGGAAGAAGCUGGGCUGGUACGGCAUCACCGUCCUCACCGGCCUCUUCGUCCACGGCCUCGUCCUCCUCCCUCUCUUCUACUUCCUCCUCACCAGGAAGAACCCGUUCAGCUACAUCCGGGGACUUCUGCAGGCCAUGGUCAUCGCACUGGCCACCUCCUCCAGCUCUGCCACGCUGCCCAUCACCAUGAAGUGCCUGCUGGAGAACUGCCAUGUCGACCGGCAGAUUGCCCGCUUCGUCCUGCCAGUCGGAGCCACCAUCAACAUGGACGGCACGGCGCUGUACGAGGCUGUGGCGGCCAUCUUUAUCGCUCAAGUCAACGAUUACGAGCUGGACCUCGGCCAGCUGGUCACCAUCAGCAUCACGGCCACAGCCGCCAGCAUCGGAGCCGCCGGCAUCCCUCAGGCCGGAUUGGUUACCAUGGUGAUCGUCCUCACCUCUGUGGGCCUGCCGCCCGAUGACAUCACACUGAUUGUGGCCAUUGAUUGGAUCCUCGACAGGUUUCGCACCAUGAUCAACGUCCUGGGCGACGCCCUGGCCGCAGGCAUCAUCGCACACCUGUGCCGAAAAGAUUUUCCUCUGAGUGAAACAGGAAAGCCGGUUCCGUCGUACGGAACCCAGAACCGCCACAGCAACUCCUACAGCAUCAGCGUUCCCAUGACGGAGAUCCACUGCCACCGCGACCUGCCGGGCGACCCGCCGGGCCCCUGCCGGGCCCACACCGUCUACUACAACAUCUGCCAGGUGUGAUGGACCAGAACCGGGUCAGGCAGCGCUCCUCAGACCGCCGGGUCUGGGACCGGAGAAGAACCGGAGCCGGACUCUCCGUUCCGCUCUUCGACCGGCCGGUCCUACUGGAAGUGAGCUCCAGACGGGGUCAAAGGUCGCUCAGACCGAAAUGAUCCACCUCAUCCUGCUGGUUGGGGGCAGGUUGUCUCUCCACUGGAACUGGGUCAGAACCUGACAGAAUCCCUUCAUGCAGACGGAUCUUCUUUGUUUUUGUGGCUGAACAAAAAACAAUGAUCGACUCCGAAGCCGGGAGGAUCUCCAGAACUGACCGGAUCCAGAACCGAACGGGAUCCAGAACCUGCAGGGAUCCAGAACCGGCCGGAUCCCGGUUUGGGAUUUAAACCUUGACCUUUGACAUGCAAGGAGACUGGAUCCAGAGUUCUGAUCCGGAUGCUUGUGUCAGCAGAACGGAGCAACCUGAUUGGCUGGCGGUGCUGGCCCCGGUCAGGGGUCAAAGGUAAUGAAUAAGUCCAAGUGCUCUUCGUCGCGGCGCUCCUCUUCCUCGGCCGCCGUGCUUUAAUUGCUCCUCUUGGUGAUGUGAACGGAGAACUGAAGGAUUCUGGGAAUCUAACCGACGUUUCCGGCUCAGAGGUUCUGAUUCUGUUCAUGGGGACUCGGAUCAGAACCAGAGGCGGUUCUUCGGUUCUCAGAUGAUUCAGCUCAGAGAUUUUAAUCUCAUCGUAUUUGAAGAGCGAUUCGUUUCCAACGACUCUGACCCGCCUUAACGUGACCUCUGACCUCUACGUUCCUCUGCCAACUCUCAGCAGGCAGCCAGUUUGUGUCACAUCUAUGUUUUUAUAUCUGUGCUGGUUUUUAUUGGAUGGUUAUGAUGAUGAAAUGUUGUUUUUAAAGCCUUAACAGUUUAAUUAUUUCAGCACUAAACUUCAGUUUCUUUUUAAAGGUUUUUGUUUUUUAUUCCUGACCAUAAAGUUAAUAUUUGUGUUAUUUUUCACAUCCGUCUCUCGCCUGGAGGCGGGUUUUGUCUAGGACGUUUUGGUGUCAGAAUAUUGGUUCUGAUGUUCAGAUGCUCAGGUUUGAACUUUUCCAUAUUUCCUCCUGGUUUCUCUGACCAGCCAAAUUAAACCUGAAAUAAAAAGUUUUUUCUCUUCA